AUGGAUGUGGGAAAGAUGUCAGAAUACCUUCCGGAUGCAGCUAAGUGCACUUUAUGUAUGGAUGUGUUCCAUGACCCGGUGACUUUAAACUGUGGCCAUAACUACUGCCAGGCCUGCCUCCAGAAGCACUGGGGAGGUGCUCAUAGCAACGUUGUUUGUCCUCAGUGCCACCAGAGUUUUGAUACUGUGACCCUGGUGCCCAACAGGCAGCUGGGGAACGUCUCCUGGCUUAUCAAAAAGCUGCAAGACAAGGGAGUGUUGAAGAAACUAAACCAGGCAAUUUGCGAGACCCACAAGGAGCCGCUGAUGCUCUUCUGCCAGACUGACCGGGCUUUCCUCUGCUCCAAGUGCCAGGAGUCCCAGGGUCACAGGGACCAUGCACUUGCUUCCCUGGACGAGGCAGCCCAUAAGGCCAAGGAUCAAAGGCAGCAGCUGGUCUUCUUUUUUCAGACCGAAGUCCACGUCUUUCUGAAGCUUCUGAGAGUUCAGAAGGCACACGUCCAAGACAGCUUUGCAGAAGUGCAAACGGAAAGAGAAAACCUGGUGAAAAUUAUGGAGCUUGACAAUCAGAGAUUUGGCUCGGGAUAUAAGGAGAUGUAUGAGGUGGUGAAGAUGGCUCAUCUGGACCAGAUGAUGGCAGCCAAAUGGAUCAAUGAACAGAUUGAGGAAGAGCUGGCCAGGCUGGCAAGGAAGCACUACCAAGUCCGGACCUUCACCAAGGAGCUGGAGAGGAAGUUUGAAGAACCCGCCUAUGAAUUCCUGAAGGAUAUCAAAGGGGUGAUGGCCAGGUGCAAAGAACUUCUGGCUCAGCCUCCGGAAGGACAAUCCCCUCCCUUCAAGGAGAAAAUGUGGGACCUCGCCCUCAGAAGUCUUUUUGUGGAUAAUACGUUGAAGAGGUGCAGAGCCAACGUGACCAUGGACCGCCUGACGGCCCACCCUCACCUACUGCUGUCGGCCUCCAAGAAGAUUGUGACCCACGACGCCACCCCCAGUGGGCUGCUCCCUGGCCGCCGGGCCUUCGACACCACGCCCUGCAUCCUGGCCGAGGAGGGCUUUGCGGCAGGGCGGCACUGCUGGCAGGUGGAGGUGACCUCGAGCGGCCACGGCUGGGCCUUCGGGGUGAUGAAGGACUCGGUGGCCAGGAAGGGCCCGGUAAGGAUCUCUGCUGACGACGGCAUCUGGGCGCUGCUGCCCGAGCACCUGCCGCCUGCCGAGUGCCCGCCCGGCACCAGCUGCUUCCGCCUCUACCUGGACUACGAGGGCGGCACCGUCCACUUCUUCAAGGGGGCCACACGGGAGCCGCUGCUGCUGCUCUCCUACGCCGUCUUCCUGGGCGAGCGGAUCUUCCCCUUCUUCAAGCUGGAGGAGCCCAACUCCCAGAUGCGGAUCGUGCCCUGA